ACGAGUAAGGAAAGCCGGAUCGCCACGUCCCGAGCAGCUCCCGAGCACGAGCUCGUCAAUCCCCGACUCCGUCGAUUUCCACUCGCGAGUCACAAGCUCCAAAGGAUUCCAAUUCCCUACCGCUCCUCCCGUCCUUGCACGUCGAUGCCAAAACCCUAGCGCGAAUCCUCCUCACCAACGAGACGCGGCAGCCAUGGCGGAGCCGGCCUUCCUGGACCCUUCCCCCUUCGACCUCCGCCACUACCCCGCCCACCUCUUCGACCCGGACCUCCCCCUCGCCGGCGGCGGCCUCCCGCUCGGCGAAUUCGCCGGCGACGGAGUCUGCGACGGCCUCGAGUUCGACCUGCCUGUCGAUUUCUCCGUUGACGACUUCCUCCUCCGGUCCCCUGACCGCGACGGAGACGACGACUCCGGCGAGGGCUCCGCCGCCGGAUCCGGCCCCACGGCGUCCUCCCCCGCCUCGCCGACCACCUCCGCCGCCAACUCCGCCGUGGCCAACGGCGACCGCGAGGUGAAGCACGAGGAUUCAGACGAGGGGCGGAGCGGGGGCGCCCCGAAUUGGAGCCUCAAGCGGAAGCAGGCGGAUCCUGGAGCGAGCUCGGACGGUGCCAAGUGCCGCCGAUCCGGCGACGGCGAGCUUUCCCCGUUGGCGUCGGCGUCGGCUUCGGCGUCGCGGGCCGCCGCGGAGGACUCCGACGAGAGAGGCGCGGUCGGCGAGGAAGACGACAAGCGCCGUGUGGCGCGGCUGAUGCGGAACCGCGAGAGCGCGCAGCUGUCGCGCCAGAGGAAGAAGCGGUACGUCGAGGAACUGGAGGAGAAGGUGAAGUCGAUGCACUCGGUGAUCAAUGACCUCAAUUCUAAGAUAUCCUUCGUAGUGGCCGAGAAUGCCACACUGAGGCAGCAGCUCGGUAGCGGCGGGGGGAAUUGCCCGCCACCUGGGGUGGUGUAUCCACAGGCGCCGUUGCCUGGCAUGCAUUUCCCGUGGGUUCCUGGGUAUGCACUGCGACCUCAUGGUUCCCAUGUCCCACUUGUUCCGAUCCCGCGGUUGAAGCCACAGCAGUCGGCAGCUGCAGCAAAGGUAUCGAAGAAACCAGAGAUCAAGAAGGCUGUGGAGAACAAGAGUAAGACCAAGACCAAGAAGGUGGCAAGUGUUAGCCUUCUUGGUUUGCUGUUUGUUGCACUUGUCUUUGGUGCUUUUGUUCCGGGGUUCAAUCAUAGUUUUGGAAUGAGCGGUGGGAGUGACAAUGCGAUGUUUAGAAAUUUUGGCCAUUCAGAUUCUAGGGUGUUUAGUGUCACUAACCAUGGUAAAAGACCUAAAGGUGGUUUAAACAGUAGUGACAUGAUCGGUAGUGAUCCUGGAAUGAUGGCGGGGAACACCGAUGGAGCUGGGCAGAAGCAUCGGCUUGCACAUAACUCUAGUGAGAGCUUGCCUGCUUUGUUGUAUGUGCCGAGGAAUGGGAAGCAUGUUAAGAUCAACGGCAAUUUGAUUAUUCAUUCUGUGCUUGCAAGUGAGAAAGCGGUGGCACAUAGGGCCUCAAAGGGUAAUGUUGAUCAGUCAGGUAAAGAUCAUAAAGAGACUAGUGUUGCCAUAGCUCGUUACUUGUCACUGCCUGGAAAGGAUAUGCAUCCACAGGAGACUUCCCCGGCAGAUGGGCCACUGCCACAGUGGUUUCGUGAAGGAAUGGCAGGACCGAUAUUGAACUCAGGAAUGUGCAGCGAGGUAUUCCAGUUUGACAUUUCCACAGCUUCUGCCAAUUCUGGUGGCAUUAUACCUGCUUCUCCAACUAUGAACUCCUCGAGUGUCAAUGUUACCCAGAAAACUCCAACGCCUGCUCCUGAUUAUGGAGGCAAGCUGAAAAAUAGGAGGAUCAUGCAUAAUGAGGCAAUUCCACUCACUGGAAAAACGGUGAACAACACAGAGCCACAGCCUUUUAACGGGACUUCUGAAAGCAGCAAGUUACCUGAUAGCAAGCCAACCUCGUCAGUAGUUGUCUCUGUGCUAGCUGAUCCCAGGGAAGCUGGUAAUGGGGAUGGUGAUCCGAGAAUAUCUUCAAAGCCCUUAUCCAGGAUAUUUGUUGUUGUUCUCCUUGAUGGUGUCAGAUAUGUCACGUACUCCUGCACACUUCCUUUCAAGAGUGCUAGCCCUCACCUUGUGAACUAACAGUGGUGUCAGUGCAGUGUUCUGGUGCUCGAGGAGCUAGGUAGUUCGCCAAAUCUUACUGAUGGUAGAUGAAUUCUAGUGCUGUCUUCUGACAAAGAAUAGACUUUCAGACUCCCUAUGCACUCGGCCUGAGGUAAUUCAAGUUUGUCGAAGGUUUUGUAGUGGAGACUAGUGAAAUGUGGUUUGGCAAGUUCAAUUUUAACAUAUGCAGUUUGUGCUGCUGACUGUCGGGUUCUUAUACUGUACCUCUUUCUGUAACGUUGGUGUAAUCCCGUAGCUGGAAAAUGUAACAGUUAGAGGGAAGACAAGAAAACACAACUAUGUAGUAUAUGCAGUUUUUUUUCGCUUUUAAGUCGAUAUAUAAGAUGCUUCCAAUUUCCAAACGUAUAA